AUGCCUCAACCAGAGCGUAGUCCCAUGCACUGGCCCACCUUCCCCGACAUUCCAAUCUAUCUCGAUACAGGGAACAGCCGUAUCGCGCCCAAGUCUUACGGAACGACUCCCACAACACCCACAACACCAGAGAUACUCCCUCAUGGCCGCCCUACAUAUCUGAGCCCGGCCCAUAUCAACGCCCCACCCAUCACCCCAGCCGAACCGAGCCCAACUACUACCAUCGAGACAUCUUCUGAUCAUCGAUCAGUGGUGUGGCCAAUUCCAGAACCGCCUCCAGAGGUGGUGAGGCAGCAGCCCCGACGACCACUUCUUCGCUUUUUCCCCAGUGAUCGACCGCGUGUCCGACUUGACACGGCUUUUCCCCAGCCCCCAUAUGAGGUCUCAAACCCAGAAAAGCAGAGCGACAACGACCGCAAGUCACACCUUGGUCUAGGCAUCAGUGGUGGUCCACCUAGACCGCCAUCGAUCCGGGUACAGCCCCCGACAUUCGAAAACGAGAAAGCAGACCCGUCUGCGAACAUUGCACAACGCAUCGAAGAGAAGCUUUGGAGCUAUAACUCUUCAGGCAACGUCAUCGAACGAUGGCUACUCGAGAUAGUCAGUUGGUUGAUCAGCGCUGUGUGCAUGGGCGCGAUCAUCGCAGUGCUUGUCGUCCUCAAGGACAAGCCAUCCUCUAAAUGGCCCUUCAACAACCUCGGUAUUACCCUGAACGCCUUUGUUUCUGUACUCUCGCGAGUUGCAGGUGCUGCUCUUUUACUCCCUGUCGCAGAAGCUCUUGGGCAACUGAAGUGGAGCUGGUUUAUCCGAGGAGAUUCGAAGAAGAUGUGGGAUUUCGAGAUGUUUGACAACGCAUCUAGAGGACCGUGGGGUGCUUUCCUCUUGCUCAUACACACUAAGGGAAAGACCAUCGCUGCUCUUGGCGCCCUAGUCACAAUAUUCGCCCUCGCAUUGGAUCCUUUCUUUCAGCAGGUCGUCAGCUUUCCCACGCGCUGGACGAUGCAACAUACAAACAGCUCUAUCACGCGAGUUGUACGAUAUGAACCAGCAUACAAUGUUCAAUACGAAAAUGGCGAAGCUGUAGCUGAGCUAGAUGCGAUCAUCGGGAGCGUUGCUGACCCAUUUUUCAUCAACAACGGAACCCAGCCAAUGCCUUUCGGAAAUGGAACUCGCGCAGACGUACCUAUAUCAUGCCCUGGCAGCAACUGUACUUGGCCAAGCUAUGAAACACUCGGUGUCUGUAGCCAGUGUGUAGAGGUACCGACUCUCCUCAACUUCACGUGUAUGUUCACAAGGGUAGACUGGACUUCAAAGCUCAAUGCUACGGAGUCUUCAUACCCCAAGGCGAACGUAUGUGGGUACUUCCUCAAUUCCACUAGUGACAACCCAAUCCUCAUGUCUGGCUACAUGGUUGACGAAGCUGGAAACAAAUCUGGUGAGGUUUUGCUGUCGCGGACGCUACCGUUGACAACCAACUAUAUGCGAGAAGCACUCUGGGGGGAUGGCUCUAUCAACUUCCAGCAUAUACGAAACCCCAUCGUAGAUGCCUUGAUCUCUAGCGCCUCCAAUAACACUGACGAUGUAUUUUCGGAUAAGAUGCCGGCAAUACACGAAUGCGUCGUGUCUUGGUGUGUCAAGACUGUCCAAUCGUCUUACUACUUGGGCACAUAUCAAGAAGUGGUCACGAAUGUCUUCCUGAACGACACGCAAGGACCAUAUCCCUGGCAUACUACCUGGUUGGCAGACGAAGGUACUUAUUUUCGAUCGCGUCUUUCCUUCUUUUACGACGUCUACGAACGAAUCCGAUGUUCCAGUCCUUCGCUGGAGAACUGGAAGCCCAACCUUGGCGAGGACAUUGUUUCCAGAAUUCAACCCUUGGUUAUCACCAAACAAUAUUACACGACACAUGGAAAGGAUGGCCAUUUCAAUCACAAACGCAAUUAG